ACGUCAGGUGCGCGCGUGGCUCCGGCUGCGCAGGAACAGCUGGUCCCUCGGAAGGCGGUCGGGGCGCGCGCCGGAGCGGGGUGCUUGUGGCGGGUCGCGCCACGCUGCGGGAGCAGCCGCCGUCGCCUCGGCCCGCUGCACCAUGUCCGGCCAGCUGGAGCGCUGCGAGCGCGAGUGGCACGAGCUGGAGGGAGAAUUUCAGGAACUGCAGGAAACUCACAGGAUCUAUAAGCAGAAGCUGGAGGAGCUGACCGCGCUCCAGACUUUGUGUAGCAGCUCCAUCAACAAGCAGAAGACGCGACUGAAGGACUUGAAGCACACACUUCAGAGGUAUAAGCACCAUGCCAGUCGGGAGGAGGCCGAGCUCGUUCAGCAGAUGGGCGCCAGCAUCAAGGAGCGGCAGAACAUCUUCUUCGACAUGGAGGCCUACCUGCCCAAGAAGAAUGGGCUCUACUUAAAUCUGGUCCUUGGCAAUGUGAACGUGACCCUUCUCAGCAACCAGGCCAAAUUUGCCUACAAGGACGAAUAUGAGAAGUUCAAGCUCUACCUGACCAUCAUCCUGCUCCUGGGGGCUGUGAUGUGUCGAUUUGUUCUUCACUACAGGGUGACAGAUGAAGUCUUUAACUUUCUGCUGGUGUGGUAUUACUGCACCCUGACCAUUCGGGAGAGUAUUCUCAUCAGCAACGGCUCCAGGCUGUGUCCAGUUCCUGCAAUAUUAUUACCAGAGGGGCUGCCUCUACCGGCUGCGGGCCCUGGGGGAGAGGAAUCACCUGGACCUCACGAAGGAUUCCAGUCCUGGAUGUGGCGGGGCCUCACCUUCCUUCUGCCUUUCCUGUUCUGUGGCCACUUCUGGCAGCUCUACAAUGCCGUCACGUUGUUUGAGCUCUCCAGCCACGAGGAAUGCAAAGAAUGGCAGUCGUGCACACCAAACUCCAGAAGAACAGAAGCAAGGCAAAGAAGCCGUGAGCCCCCGGACUGUGAGGCUGCAGGGGGAUCCCAGUCGGCACCCUCGCUGCCGAUUUCCUCCCCUACAGUGUCAGUGGCCACUGACAGCAGUGACCUCAGGGGCCAGUGGCAUCGCUGGGAGCAGGACUGAGGCCCUGGACCGCGGCCGGACAAGAAGAAUGUGACCCGAGCCUGUCUGCACAGUAUUAGCCCCACAGCCUCCCUAUUUAUGACAUAUUUAAUCCCAGACCUCCCCACCUCCCUAGACUGGGUCAGUCUUCCUGGGGUGGGGGGCCUAACCUCAGGGAGCCCCUCUGUCCCCACUCCCAUCGUUUGAGCCCCUCAGUUGGGGUUUGGAUGUGCCUCGCUGGGGUCGGUUGAUGCUGACCUGCUGCUGACUGAGUCCCAGACGGGGGUGGAAGGACACCCCUCAGCAUCCUGUGGAGCCUCCCUUCUCCAGGCACACCCCUUCCGCUGUAAGCUCCCCCCUCCUCCUGGCCCCUCCUCCUCCCAGGUGGGGGUAUUUAAGUUCUCAGAGAACCAC